AUGAUCAAGCGGGAGAUUGGUUUCCUGAAGGCAAUGAACGAGGUCUCGGACUACUGCGUCUCAGCUCUCGGCUCGCCUUCCACGUUCCAUUCGGACGAUGGCACAUGGCUCAUGAUGCCCUACUUUAAUGGCGGCGACUUUCUUCAAAUGUUGAAUACGUGCCGUGCCCAAGGUCACUGCAGAGACAAGAGGUAUCCCAAGAACAACUGGAACACGCUUGGCCGCGGCAUCAGCACCGCAAUGGUCCUGGCUUAUUUCCACCAGACAGUACAAGGCGUUGCGGCUUUGCACGCCCAUGGCAUCAUCCACACCGAUCUGAAGCUAGAGAAUACCAUGGUCAGUUGUCGUGGCGGCAAGUGCUAUGCAUCGGUGAUUGACCUGGGCCUGGGAUGCGAGCCAAGCGUGCCGGGUAGUUGCAGACUGACUGGAACCCCUGGAUACGUCGCUCCGGAGGUAUGGAAGAAGAAUGGACUGUCGAGCCCGAUGCGAGACGUAUGGUCACUGGGCGUCAUGCUUUACCUGCUGAUGUAUCCCAACAAUCCGCCGUUUCUGGCGGACCCCGUUGGGCCGAACACGCUUAAGUACAAGCCCCAACAGGAUCCGAACAACUUUCGCAAAGACAGACUGGAUUUCCUGAUCGCGCAGAUGCUGGAACCGGACCCGCGUUACCGCGCUACGAUUGAGGGUGUCCUCGGCACGCUGGAGGCGAUCAUCAAACAGGAAUACGCAUUGUCACCGGAAGUGAAAAGGAUGAUCGAUGAGAAGCCCGUCGAUCGCGGAGCGACCUUGCCUGUCCCGAAAUGCUUGUUCGGCAAGUUGGACUACGAGGUCGGGGAUAAGCCCUUCGAGCGAGAAAUGUGCUUGGACAAAGUGACCGAGGCCGAGGGAGUCAUGCGUUGUGGCUUCUGCGUGGGCUGCAACCCCUGCUGCAAAUGCCGGGUGCUCCGACACGGCGAGAGGGUCAAAGAGCACUUCCGCCAGCGAGUAUGCCACUGA